AUGACGCAGGCGCGGAGCUGCGACAGCAACAAUGCGUGCAAGACGUUCGUGCGCGCUUCUCUCGCAGUCAACAUUGUUGUCCUCAUUGCUGUCUGCACUGUUGUUAUAGCUCCGGUUCGCCCAGAGGCCGUGACUUUGGCUUUGGGCCCUCCCACGCCGGGUCGCGGAAUUCUACUGUCAGUAUAUUUUGCCAUCCUCAUUGACUCGGUUAUUCUAUUGGGGCUGCACUUGUACUGUUCGGAUACUGCACCAGUUGAAUACAUGAUAGCUGCACUUCUUGCAACGCAAGUCCUGUACAAGAUUUCAACUCCUGCUACUGCAGGCGUUGGCAAUCCUGUGGCGAUCAGCAACCUCUGUAUCAGUGUUCUGCAUACUUCCACGCUGUAUCUGCUGUGGCGAGGGCAUACAAGAAGAGUCUCCGCUGCUCCCGCAUCUCUUGCAAUGCAUGCCAAUUGA